CAUUUCACUGGAAUCCAACUGUUCAAGCCAACCUCUCUCUUUCUUUGGUUAUAAGAAGCAGCAUUUAGCUUCAUUUUUCCUGAUCAAAUUCAGCUUUUGUAGACUAUUACUACACAAUACACAAGCACAGAUGGUUCCCUUCGCCAUUGCCAGAGACAAGAGACCUCAUGCUGUGUGCGUCCCAUAUCCAGCUCAAGGUCAUGUAAAUCCAAUGCUCAAGCUUGCAAAAAUCCUCCACUCCAAUGGCUUUCACAUAACUUUCGUCAACACAGAGUAUAACCACAGACGCUUGCUCAGUUCUAGAGGCCCUGACUCUCUUGACGGAUUGCCAGAUUUCUACUUUGAUUCCAUCCCUGAUGGGCUUCCACCCUCUGAUGCCGAUGCCACCCAAGACAUUCCUUCUCUCUGUGCCUCCACCUCCAAGUACAGCUUACUCCCAUUUCGUCAUCUUCUUUCCAGGCUGAAUUCUUCCAGUACUGUUCCACCUGUUACUUGUGUUAUUUCUGAUGCUUGCAUGAGCUUCACUCUUGACGCAGCUCAAGAAUUUGGAAUUCCUAAUGUACUUUUCUGGACACCCAGCUCCUGUGGCGUUUUGGGGUAUGCUCAUUAUCGUCAUCUGAUUGAAAGAGGCUUGACUCCUAUUAAAGAUGAGAGCCAUCUAACAAAUGGGUACUUGGAAACAACCAUAGAUUGGAUUCCAGGAAUGAGAAAUAUUCGCUUAAGGGAUCUUCCAAGCUUUAUCAGAACUACUGACAGAAAUGACAUCAUGCUCAAUUUCCUUGCAAGGGAAAUAGAGAGAACUUCAAGAGCUUCUGCUGUCAUUUUGAAUACAUUCGAGGCCUUUGAGAAACAUGUGUUGGAUGUUCUUUCCACCAUGUUACCUCCUAUUUAUACUAUUGGUCCUCUUCAGUUACUUGUUGAUCAGAUCCCAAAUAGCAACUUGAGAAACAUUGGUUCAAAUCUUUGGAAAGAACAACCAGAGUGUAUUCACUGGCUUGAUUCAAAAGAUCCAAACUCUGUUCUGUAUGUAAACUUUGGUAGCAUCACUGUAAUAACCCCACAACAAAUGGUGGAAUUUGCUUGGGGGCUAGCCAACAGCAAGAAACCAUUUUUAUGGAUAAUAAGGCCAGAUCUUGUGGUUGGCGAAGCUGCGAUGUUGCCGCCGGAAUUCGUAUCUGAAACUGAGGAUAGAGGAAUGUUAGCGAGCUGGUGUCCACAAGAGCAAGUCUUGAAGCAUCCUGCAAUAGGAGGGUUUUUAAGCCAUAUGGGGUGGAACUCGACAUUGGACAGUGUGUGUGGAGGUGUUCCAAUGGUUUGUUGGCCAUUCUUCGCGGAGCAACAGACCAACUGUUGGUUUGCCUGCAAUGAAUGGGGUAUUGGCAUGGAGAUUGAUAACGAUGUAACGAGAGAAGAAGUGGAGAAUCUUGUGAUAGAGUUAAUGGAUGGAAAGAAGGGUAUAGAAAUGAAAAGGCAGGCAAUGGAAUGGAAGACCAAAGCAGAGAAGGCCACAACACCAGGUGGCUCUUCUCACAGGAAUUUGGUCGAACUGCUUGGAUUUCUUCAAAGAAAAUGAGGUUGAAUUUCUAACGGUAAUACAGAGUAUCACACCCGUUGGUUGAGCAUUGUUUGUUUUUAUUAUAUAUUUGCUGUGUACUUUUACUAGUUGUCAUAUUUGGUGGUUAUGUUCCAUUGGAUUGUAGAUUCUUUAUUUAAAGAAAAAAAAUUCUACUGCAA